AUGAAGCUUCCUCCUUCUCCAUAUCAACCGAACAUGAUACAUCGGAGUACAUCGAGAAGAAGCAAUUUCAUCUGCCAAAAUCAUAAUCGUAUGUUCAUGUUUUGCUUAAGUAUUCGAGGGAGAACUUCUCGAUAUUCUGACAGUCUCUUCUGGUUUAUAGCAAGAGCAGUAAGAAGCAACGCAAUUACAAGACAAUGUGCUUUGGUAUUGCGUGGUAAGAAUUAA